AAAAAAACGUGUGGAAUUAAUGAAUAUUUCAGUUAGGUUUCACAGACAUGUGCAUGCUCAGGUGUUCCCAAAACAGAUAUACGGUAGGAUUGAUGUGGGAGGAUGUGGGAGUUUUAAAAAAGUUGUUCCUGCAACAAAGGAUAUGGGUAGGCACCAUCCAUUCACUAGAAGAAUUCAUCUACCUUGGCAUCCUUUUUGGUGGCCCAAGAAUACUUUUUGUACCCACUGAAAAGCCUCAAACCAUGAACUAAAAAAAACCCUGGGGCUCUGGGCACACUACUCUCCAAAGAACAGUGACAAUGAAAUUGUUUUGUUUUUCCUUAUUCUGCUUGCUGAUUGUAGCAAGUGAAGCCAGAACAUUUCAGCUAUGUGAAUUGUUUUACUACUUGAGAAUUCUUGGACUCGAUAACUAUAGAAACGUUCCUCUAAGUCACUAUGUGUGUUUGGCCUGGUUCCCAAGUAAAAUGAAUACUGAGUAUUAUGAGUUUGCAGAUGGCAUUUCUCACUAUGGAAUAUUCCGGCUGAAAAGCACCGAGUCAUGCAAUAAUGGGAGGUCUAGAUCAACAAACACAUGUAAAAUUAACUGCAAUAUGUUCCUAGAUGAUGAUAUCACAGAUGAUGUUGAAUGUCUGAAGAAACUGAUUACAAACAAACUGGAGCCUUGGCCACACUUCAAGAAAUACUGUAACAGAAAUCGUAUCGGCUACAUUUUUACGCAGUGCACUUACUUCUUCCAAAGGGACGAAUGGUUCCUCUCAUUAACCAAGCAGAGAUGGCCACAUCCAUUACAUGUAAUGGUUAAUAAAUGAUGGCCGAUACGUGUUCAGUUUUUCAUGUGAUUUACAUCAUGUAUUUUACAUCUGUCCAUGAACAUAGCAUUAAAGCAAACCAAGGAUACAAUCAU